AUGCAGGUUGGAGUUCGAGAACUCACCGUCCUCGGCGAGUUCAAACCUUUUGGCUUGGUUGCCGAAGCUCUCGACGGCAAACCUUCCGAAGAUUUUGAGGACGACUACUUGUACUUCCUCUUCGACCCGGAACUUGCCAGGCAGAGAGAUGAAGCUGAUGACCUUGUGGAAGCGCCGUCGUCUUCCCACAGGAGCGACCAUGAACUCUUCAUUCGGGGAAAUCGGAUAAUAUGGAGCAUUGGUGCCCGCGUGUACAAGAGGUUUACGUUACCAUCCAAAGUUUUGAAGGCAUGCUGGUGCCGGCUGGGUGAUAAGUCAGAGGCUCUUCUUUGCGUUCUUUUAAGUGACAGUUUAACCAUUUAUAAUACUUCAGGUGAAGUGGUGUCUGUUCCUCUUUCACAUAGCAUAACAUCAAUUUGGCCUCUUCCCUUUGGUUUACUUCUCCAAGGGGCACCUGAAAGAAAUUCAUCACUACACAUUCCAUUUCCGCCUCAUGGUGCAUCUUCCAGCGCUCGUGAUAUAGGUCGCUUGAAAAGGGGAGUUGGUUGCAGUACUUUGAAUAAUUUUUCUCCACGUCGCGGAUAUGAUUUUCUUCUUAAGGCAGAUGGAACUUUCUUAUGCUCGCAUUUAAUCUUGAAGGAUCCUCUGGAAGAACCUCAGCCAACUCAUAUGGAGGAAAGAGGAAAGUUAAAUGUCAUAAGAGAGUUCGAUGAACAGACCAUUUGGACAAGUGACCUUGUUCCUCUGAUGGUGUCGCAUAACAAAGGGAAGAUGCAGCAUUCUGUGUGGGUUGCCGAAGCUGUCAACUCUAACCUCGAAGACGUAAAUUCUGGAUUAUUUGAUGCUGUUCCCACUGAUGUGCUAAUGAAACGGAUUUCCUUUCGAAGGAUAUGGCAGGGGAAGGGCUCACCUACAGCUGCUAGUAAGGUAUUUCUGGCAACCGAUGAUGAUGCUGUUCAAAUAAUUUGUUUCCUUCUGCAUGAGCAAAAGAAAUUGGUAGCAGUCCGUCUUCAUACUUUAGAAAUAGAUAAUGAGAUAAUCAUUGACAUUAAACCUGAUAUGAGCUGGAGCAUAUCUGCUGUUGCUGCUGAGCCGGUUACUGUGACUCGCCCGAGAGUGAAGAUUGGGACCUGCCCUUUUGUCGACAUCAUCGCGUUAACUUCAGAAAACAACCUUUUCCUUUAUUCUGGGAAGCAAUGCCUUUGUAAAUAUGUCUUGCCUCAGUUUUUGGGUAAAGAUCAGCUUCUGCAUACAGCAAAGGCUUCGGAUUCAUCAAUUCUUCAUGAAGUAAAAGCCACUGAACUGGCUGAUGCCGUCGAAGGGCGCAUAAACAUUGUACUGAAUAGUAGACAGAUUUACAGAUGUAUGCUUCGGUGUGAUCCUUCAUCAUCUCUUGUCAACGAUUGCCUCACAGCAAUGUCUGAGGCUCUUAGUUCUAGCUUCUACAAUCACUUUCUUAAUUUAUUGUGGGGCGACAAUAAUUAUUCUGCUCCUGCAAUAGCUGAUUCUGAUGCUGAUUUGGAAUGGGAGUCAUUUUGUCAUGUAAUUAGGGCCCUUUGCACAAGCUCUACUGCCUCUCAGAGUUGCUCAUUUGAAGAUUCACAGUCCCCUUGGGAUUUUCUUGUCAACAGUAGAUACAAUAAACUCUACUCUAACAAGAGUCUCCUUGCUGGAAUAUUGCCUCUGACGUCAGGCAACCAACUGGAAUCAGACUUAUCUGGGUCUUUUGUAGGAGGAAAAGAUUAUGAAAGCUCAUCCGUCCCUGUUUUACUGAGGGAGAUUAUGGAUUCACUUCAUGCAGUAUAUGAAUGUCUGAAACUUGAUAUCCUCCGCAAACGGGAUCUUAGCCUUCUUGUUGUUCUUUUACGUGACAUUGCCGAUUUCUUACGUGAAGAAAGCUACUUGGAUCAUUAUAUUAGGGACUUUCCAAUCAUUUAUAAGGACUUUAGGAUGUUCCAGUCACUACAGUCCAACAAAACCCCUCCUAAUCUAUUUAAAUGGCUGGAAAGGUGUUUGCGACAUGGAUUUAGUUCUGAUUAUGUCAAUGACCUUCCUCUACUAAUACUCAAGGACGGAAGUUCAGCUAUUGCUUGGGCGAGGAAGAUAGUUUCUUUCUACAGCUUGUUAUGUGGUGCAGAAAAAGUCGGAAAAAUGCUCUCAUCUGGUGUUACCUGCAAUAUAGCAUCUGGAUCAUAUUCCACCCAAGAGGAGUUAGUUGUUCUGGCAAUGGUUGGUGAAGGGUUUGGUUUGCAGCAGCUAGAUUUGCUGCCUGCUGGUGUUUCUCUUCCUCUUCGCCACGCUCUAGCGAAAUGCCGUGAUUCCCCUCCUAGAGAUUGGCCUCCGACAGCAUACGUUCUCCUAGGUCGUGAAGAUUUGGCAUGGCCUCGUCCAGGGAAUUCAAGUAAACCCAUGGAAAGUGAUCGUCAUACUAGUGGAAGCUUGAUCACUCUUUCUGCCCCUUACAUGUCUCACUUGCAUCCAGUGUCUAUCCCUUCUUCAGUUUCAGACACUAAUGAAUUAGAGACUUCUAAGCUCGAAGAUGCUGACUCUGUUGAUGGAGCCGUUGUAGAUGGAAUGGAGCAUCUUUUCAAUAGUAGCACACAGUUACGAUAUGGUCGCGAUCUACGUUUAAAUGAGGUUAGGCAUCUUCUGUCUUCUGCUAGAGCAAUACCAAUUCAAACGCCUGCUAGCCCUACGGCAAAUGAUCAAGAUCUCCAACAGGCACAACUAUGGCAGCUUGCUCAAAGGACCACAUCACUUCCAUUUGGCCGUGGUGCAUUUACACUUGCUACCACGCAUACUCUUUUGACGGAGGCCCUAGCAGUCCCAAAGCUUGUUUUAGCCGGUCGGUUGCCUGCUCAACAAAAUGCAGUGGUAAACUUAGAUCCAAAUAUCAGAAAUGUACAAGAAGUUAAAAGUUGGCCUGAGUUUCACAAUGCUGUUGCUGCUGGAUUGAAACUUGCUCCCCUUCAGGGAAAGAUGUCCAGGACAUGGAUAAUGUAUAACAAGCCUGAUGAACCAAAUGUUGUCCAUGCUGGCCUUCUCCUUGCCUUGGGUUUACAUGGAUAUCUUCAUGUUUUAUCAAUAACAGAUAUAUUCAAGUAUUAUUCCCAGGAACAUGAAAGCACGACUGUAGGAUUAAUGCUUGGCCUUGCUGCAUCAUACAGGGGAACGAUGCAGCCAGCGAUUUCGAAGUCUCUUUAUGUUCACAUACCGGCACGCCAACCGUCUUCUUUUCCAGAAAUAGAAUUACCAACCCUUUUGCAGUCAGCAGCACUUCUGUCUAUUGGGUUACUUUAUGAAGGUUCAGCGCAGCCCCAAACAAUGCAAAUCCUUCUGGGGGAAAUCGGGCGAAGAAGUGGAGGUGACAAUGUGCUUGAAAGGGAGGGUUAUGCUGUUUCUGCAGGAUUCUCACUGGGCCUCGUUGCCUUGGGUCGCGGUGAAGAUGCUCUUGGCUUCAUGGAAACGAUGGUCAAUCGAUUAUUCCAAUACAUUGGAGGCAAAGACCAUAAAAAUGAGAGAUUCCAUCUUACACAGCCGGGUGAUGAAUACCAGCGCUCUGCUGGGCAGCUAAUGGAUGGGGCUUCCAUCAAUGUUGAUGUUACUGCACCUGGAGCUGCAGUUGCUUUGGCUUUAAUGUUUAUGAAGACAGAAUCAAAGUUGAUAUUGUCUCAGCUCUCUAUUCCACAAUCCCGGUUCGAUUUGCAGUAUAUCAGACCUGAUUUUAUAAUGCUUCGAGUCAUUGCGAGGAAUUUGAUACUUUGGAGCAGAGUUUAUCCUUCUGAAGAAUGGAUUCAGUCCCAGAUUCCUGGAGUUGUCCAAAAUUACUUGAGUCAUCUUGGAGAUGAGAUGGAUGAGGACGAUGAGGUGGAUGCUGUGGCUUUUGUUCAGGCUUUCGUGAAUAUUGUGGUCGGAUCAUGCAUUACACUUGGGCUGAGAUUUGCUGGUACCCGGGAUGGAAAUGCACAAGAGUUGCUUUAUACCUGUGCUGUCUAUUUUCUCAACGAGAUAAAGCCUGUUUCUCUUUCAACGGGACAUUCUUUCCCCAGAGGAUUGUCAAAGUACGUUGAUCGUGGCACCCUGGAAACGUGCCUUCAUCUCAUUGUUCUGUCUUUAUGUGUGGUUAUGUCUGGAUCUGGAAAUCUUCAAAUUUUGAGAUUGUUGAAAUUCCUUCGGAGCAGAAACCUAAACGAGGAGCAGGCAAAUUUUGGUUGUCAGAUGGCAGUUAGCUUGGGCAUUGGUUUCUUGUUCCUUGGAGGCGGAAUGAGGACUUUUUCAACCAGCAAUAGCUCAAUUGCUGCUUUGUUAAUUACUCUAUAUCCACGCCUGCCUAGUGGACCAAAUGACAACCGAUGCCAUCUUCAGGCAUUCAGGCAUUUGUAUGUUCUUGCAACGGAAGGUCGGUGGAUUCAAACUGUUGAUGUUGACAGCGGUAUGCCUGUUUAUGCUCCUCUUGAAGUUACCAUUAGUGAAACUGAAAACUAUGCUGAAACAAGCUUCUUUGAGGUUACUCCUUGCAUUCUCCCCGAGCGUGCUUUGCUGAAGGCAGUUCGCGUUUGUGGUCCACGAUACUGGCCCCAUGUCAUCAAGCUCAUUCCUGAGGAAAAACCUUGGUGGCCUUCAGGGGACAAAAAUGAUCCAUUCAAUUCUGGUGUUCUCUAUAUAAAGAGAAAAGUUGGAGCCUGUUCAUAUGUAGAUGAUCCUAAAGGGUGUCAGUCUCUUUUGUCACGUGCGAUGCACAAGGUUUUUGGUUUGACAUGUUUAAGAACUUCGACUAGUAGAACAGAACGCCUUGGUGCAGUUACUUUAGAUCAGUUGGUCAGUACUUUCUCAUCUGAUCCUAGCUUGGUUGCCUUUGCGCAACUGUGCUCUGAUCCUUCCUGGAGCAAUGGAUCCGAUAUUGACUUUCAGGAAUUUUGCCUUCAAGUACUGUUUGAGUGUGUGAGUAAGGACAGACCAGCUCUUCUCCAGGUUUAUUUGUCUUUAUACGCAACUAUUGGAUCCAUGGUUCAUGAAGCUACAAGUGCUAAUUUUAGCUUCAAUGACUCGCUUUCUCUUUGGAGUUUAAAGGUAGCUGUUGCGUACAGUGAAGCUCUUCUCGCUGGAAGAUUCACGCUUCCUAGUGAGGGUAUCCUGCAAUCAACUUUUCUUGUAAUGAUGCGGAAAAGGGUUGAAGAAAUAUUGACCUUCUCUGCAGACUUGAAUCAUGAUACCCAUGAAUAUUUGUUGCUGGGAACCUGGCCAAAAAGAGAUUCCCGGGGGUUGAAGCGCUCAAUGUAUCUUUCAUGGUAUCUCCAGUGGUAUUCUGUACCUUCUGCAACAGAAGUUAAGAGAGCGCUUGAAAAACUAAAGCAUUUGAAUGCACCCUCGUCAAUGCCGUUGUUGCAUAUGUUGUUUCCCAGGACUCAUGUUACCGCAAUUAGUGACAUUAACAGAUAUUAUGUUGCCUCGCUUCCCAGGUAA